AUGGCUACUGAACUCGACUUCUGCCGCCACCUGCUUGACAAAUUCAACGAAUUCUGGCUGAAGAACAAGGCUCCGUACCUCGAGGUCUUCCGUGAGCCCGUCGAUGAGGUUGAAGACGAUGCCCCCGGCUACUACGAAAAGAUCAAGGAACCUAUGGAUCUCGCCACCAUGUCCACUAAGCUCAAUAACGGACUCUAUGACGAUGCUCAAGCCUUUAAGGCAGACUUUGACAAGAUGAUCGAGAAUUGUCAUAAGUAUAACAGCGGCAACCCCGACUUCGUUAAGAAGUACGCAGAUCGCUUUGUUAAGGAUUUCAACUGGGAAUGGGCCGAGAUGCGCAAGUGGAUCACCACUAAGCGCCGUAAUCNNUCGCUAGACAGGCUGCUGCUACUGCUGAUGCUCCUGCUCCUGCUCCUGCUCCUGCUCCUAACGCUGUCCCUGCCGCUGCUCCUAGCGCCAGUACAUCUGGUGCCGAAAGGUAUGUUCCUAGAUCUCCAUAUCAGACUCUCAGUGGACACACUUAUGGGAUCGAGUUCAACUGUGCAUUUUGAUACUAACAACAUCAUAGUCCCUCCUCGUCGGGGAGCAUCGGCCAGCAAUGCUGAGCCUGAGAGGUAUGUCUUGGUCCCUUUCCUACCGCUUCCAAUGGACAUAAUCCAUCAUAACAAAUGA